GUGUGGCUAUUCGUGAGGUUUUGGUUCUGAACUGAAGAAGCGUCCAGAGUGAGUUCCUCCCAGCGCUCUCCUCGAUAAAACACGGACUUUCAAAGGAAAACUGUGAAGAAGAAACCAUCACCUGCUUUGAGAGUCGAGAGCCGAAGGUAGUCUGUUUUUCUGAAUGGAACUUGAGGCCUGCUGGAUUAUGGAUUGUACAAGUCUGAAAGCAACAAAGAUCAGGACACUCUGAAGUAUCUUCAGUCGUUUGUAAAGCAUGGCUUCGGCCAGACCCUACUGGGACCAGCACCAUGCUAUGAACAGCAUGUACUUUUGUUUCGAUGCUGACUCCAUAGAGCACAACCUGAAAACACAUCAGCAAGGAUCCGCCUCUGCGGGCUUUGACGGAAGGAUGUUUGGCUCAUGUUCCUCGCACAGCCCCAGCCACCAGUGUCAGUCUGUAAAGGCUGCUGGUCCUACACAGCUCCUCCUCUCCUCACUGCACAGCCCACCUGAGGGAGACCAGGUUGUUCCGUCUUUCCAGAAACUUUCAGUUUAUGAACAAGCGCCCCCGUAUUCUCCAAGGAGAAUUUCCAAGCCUUUGCCUCCUCUGCCAGACAUGGGGGACCUAUAUUCUGAUGAAGCAGUGGACAGUGAAGUGGAGUUCUUCUCCAGCAACAGUGAGAGCCAGCUGCUGGUGUCUGAUCGCACCUCUAAACCUUUACCCUUCCGAUAUGGCACGCCGGGUAGGCGGAGUUUCCGUGGCUGCGGCCAAAUUAACUAUGCCUAUUGUGAUCGUCUGCAGGAGCAGGAGAAAGCAAGCGUUCAGAAGUCUGAGCAGGCCGUCCAUCGAGAAAGGGACAACUUGAAGCAACCGGAACGGCCCCUGCGCAAGCUGCGCCGGACUCAUUCAGGUCCUGCUGGAUCCUUUAAACCUCCCAAUCUCCGUCUGGCCGGCCUCCAGCACCCGUCCCAGAGCAAUCCACAAGAGAAACCUGAGGUUCCUCCACGGAUCCCCAUUCCAUCUCGUCCCAGAAAGAGCGUUGAUGAACAUGACAUGGACCAACCUCCUGAAAUCCCACCAAGGCAGCCCCUCUUUUACACCAUUCCACGAUCUCCUAGUCCCAAGAGCCUCCCUAUUUAUGUCAACGGAGUGAUGCCGCCUACUCAGAGCUUUGCCCCCAACCCUAAGUAUGUGAGUAAAGCCCAGCACAGGCAAAACUGUGAGGGUUUGCCGGCUCCUCGUAAUCCAUGUAUUCUGCCGAUCAUGGAAGACGGAAAGAAGGCUAGCACUACUCAUUACUUCCUUCUGCCCCAGCGACCAGGCUACCUGGACAAGUUUGAAAGGUUCUUUAAAGAUUCAGGCUCUGAAGCUGUGCACAGUGGAUGUUAAAUGCAGCCGGUGAUGUUUGAACAGUUAGAAAUCCUCAAUUUACUUGUAAGGUCUGGUUUCUGGGACAUGGAUUAAGCCUAGUCAUGGACUAAAUUGCUGUGCCAACAAUGAAUCACCAUUGUAAAAAAUAGCUUUAGUCUAGGUCUAGGCUUAAUCUGGGUGUUGAAACCUCUCCUUUAUAGCCUUGACUGAUACUAUACUGACAGUAUUCAGGUGCUUACUUUUAUUAAUCCCUAUACAAUGCCACCUCAACAUGAACCCAGAGUACUAAAAAAGUGGCAGGUCAUAAUUGCUGGACAUUGUGGAGCCAUUUUAUUUUCUUUGUUUGGUUUAUCAACCAAUGUCCUCAUAAUUUAAAUGCUAUUUUAUUUUCCUUCCUUUAGUAUUACUCAGUUUAAAGGUUUCUUUUCUGAAGGUUUUAACCUGUUAUAUCUUAUUGUAAUGGUUUACAUGUAACACUGGUUGGUAUAAGCUGGUCUUAUACUAUACUUCAUGUUCUUAUUCCUUUGCUGAAUGUCGUAGGAGUGUCAUUGUGUGGCCCUUACAUUGUGUCAUAGCUACAGUUGUUCAUGUUGCUAAUGUAGCAUUUGCACUCACCAGCUGGUAGAUACAUAGAUUUGAUAUGAAUUAUUUAUAUUCACAUGAAAUGUCUAAGAAGUUGUGUAUGUCUUAUUUAGGCUUACUCAUUGCCCGUAUGUUCAGUCUGACUGUAUUUUUUUCAGCAAAACUGUUCAAGGAAAAGAUUGAUGAGCUAUUUAUAUAUAGCUUGUAAUGGGUAUGUUCAACACAUAACAUGAUACUUGGACCUAAAACAAUUGAACUAUACCAUAAUAAUUCUGUGUCUGUAGCUCAAGCAGUGGGGUUUGAACUCCUGAGCCACAGCCUGUUCGACGUGAAUGAGAAGUUCAGCAGCAAUGUUCUUUAUUACUCUGACACAACCUGUACUUUAACACGUACAUGUCAUGUAUUUACCCACCCAUUUACUCACGCUUGGUAUUUGCUUAGUUAACUGGCUUGAUCAUUCUCCAGUGAUUAAGCUGGUCAUGUGACACUACGUAUGUUUACAAGAUGUAUUGGAAUCUCUUCGUCUUUUCUGUCUUUGUUGUAACAGAAGCUGCAACUGUAUUUAUCCAUAGCUUAUUUGUUCGCAUAUGAAGGCUCAUGAUCAUUAACUGUUUUUGCUGUGGUUGCACUGCAAUGCACUGUCGUUAGAAAUGUACAGUAUUUGAGUAAUUUUUUCACAUUACAUCCAUGAUCUAUUUAAAGAAAUAAAGUGACUUAUUUAUCAGUAAAA